AUGAAUUUCAUAGCUGGUCUUCGGACUAUCAAAGAAUUUCUUAUUAGUUUGAAUCUUUUCGAAAGUUUAGUUACUCAAACUAAUCCAAAUCGUUUGCGUACUGAACUUAUAUCAACUCGAAUAUAUAUGGUUCUUAUGACUAUUGCUAUAUUUAUACUCGCUUUGUUUACUGCUUUGGAAAACACAACACAAAGCAUUAAUAUUCGAAAUCCAUCUCAAGAUACUUUUGAUCGAUACCAUUCCGAAUAUUUAACAAGACUUCAAUCUGAAUAUUCAACAACAUUUCAAUGUUCAUGUAGUCAAAUUGAAAUACCAUACAAAACAUUUAUUAAUAUAACAUACAAGUUACAUCCUGUAUGUUCAAGUGUAUUUGUCUCUGAUUCUUGGAUCAAUCUUCUAUUUAGUCCCGAUAUGACGUAUUACUAUCCGUUCGAUUUUCGUUCAUCUGGUAAUGGUCAAUUUCAACUUCUUGCUUCACUCUGUUUAUUUGCUAAUCAGGCUUUAAAUAAUGCAAUUGAUGAUUUUUUUUCUAAUUUUCUCUUGAGUCCAUUGACUCUUUCAUCAGCAUCGUUCAAAAAUCAAAGUGAAGCAAAUGCCGAAUUUGUAAGAAUUUCAACAAUCUCUACAUUUCGUCGUCUUCUAAAUCUGGUACGUGAUACAAGUCUAAUGAAUGGUUUACAACCAGCAAUGCAAACAUCAUCGAUGGAAUUACUAGAUUCUUAUCCCAAUGGAACAAUGGAAGCAUAUCCAUAUUCAACGAUUUGGCCUGGUGAUGAUAAUUCAGAAUGUUUUUGUGGUCUUACUUCAGUCUGUUAUGCACAAGCUGCCUUUUUUGAUGAUGUAUAUGCCUAUGAAACACAAGGAGCAUUUUAUCUACCAGAUUCUUCCCUUAAUGUAACCGGAUUUCUAGUUGGAUGCUAUGCUUUUGAUGCACUUCUUAAUUCAUCACUUACUUGUUUCUUCGAUUCCAUAUGUUUAAGUAAUAUCUUAGCAUAUUUUCCAACAAUUAAUAUUACUGGUGAUGAUAUUCUAAAUAUUAAUCAGACACACUUUGAACUCAAUACAACCAUUGAAAACCUUGCUACUAAUUUAUUUAUUGAAGACUGGUCAAUAGAAACUUUAUUUAGUUCCUAUUAUGCUAAAUGUGCCCCAGUUCUUUGUACCUAUACAUUUACAGAACGUAACAGCUUUCUGAAAGUUUUAACGACUCUAUUAGGUGUUUAUGGUGGAAUUACAGUUGCAUUACGUAUGUGCAUCCCAUAUGCUGUUCAUUUCUGGCGUAAUCGAAAGGUUGCGAAUCCUAUUCAACGUAAUAGAGUCACUAUAUUACAGCGUCUUCGAAAUACACAGAACUUGAUGAAGAUUCAAGUAAUUGAAUUGAAUUUAUUCAAAACAGCUGAAGCACGUAUUAAUUCUUUCGAACUAAAGACUACAAGAAUUAUGACUUAUGUUUAUCUGAUUACAAUGCUACUUGCUGUAUGUAUUGUAACCAUUUAUUUAUUGGCAUCAAUUCAAGUCCGUACUGAAACUCUACAAAAUCCAUCUCAAAUGAUUUUUGAAAAUUUAAAUGAGAAAUAUACGAGUACACUUCAAUGUCCAUGUAGUUUCAUUGCCAAUUCUUAUAAAUCAUUUACUUCAUUAUCUCCUACAUUUCAUCCUAUAUGUUCAAGUCAAUUUAUAUCUAAAGCUUGGAUUAUUUCUUUAUCAGAUGUGAAUAUACCGGAUGCAGCAUUUGAUCCAUUAGAUUUUCAUGUAACUGGUCCAAUCUUUUUCAACGCUAUGCACACAUUAUGUUCUCUUUCAGACAUAACUAUUUCUGAUGCUUGGUACGAAUUUAGUCAAUCACUACUGAUUACUGAUUUAGUAGUAACGAAAUCAGAAUUUGAGACUCGAACAAAUGCGACAAUUGAACAAUUUCAAGAAAAUACAUUAAAUGAAUUUAAACGUAUUCUCUCACUUGCUGAUUUAAAUACGAGAACUAUGUAUAAUAUGGGAUUUGACAAUCUUCAGCUUUAUACAGAUCAAUUAGCUACUAGUACAACACAAGUUGAUUUUGGUUGGGAGCCAGUAGAAACAGAUACAUGUUCAUGUAUUCCUAAUGGUCAAUGUACUGAUGUAAUGAGCUUCUUUUAUUAUACUAAUGGUCUUACUACUGACGCACCAUACUAUCUAAACUUUACAAUAUCCGAUCUACAAGUUGGUUGUUACGUAAUGCCAAGUGUUCUUAAUUCUACACUUUCAUGUUUCUUUAAUCAAACAUGCUUAGAUAUGAUUCAAAAUGAGGUAGAAUCUGCUCGAUCUAUUGAUAUAAAGAUUCUUAAUAUAAAUAGUACUCGAUUUUCACCUCAUACUCGUAUCCAAAUAAUACUUGAUAAUCUUAUGACUGAAGCAUGGAAUGAAAAGAUCAGUUAUGAGAAAUACUAUGAGAUAUGUGCACCAGAACAAUGUACAUAUACAUAUACUUCUCGAAAUAAUCCGGUCCAAACAAUUACUACACUCAUUGGGCUAUUUGGUGGCUUAUCAGUUGCACUCAAAAUUAUUGUCUCAAUCAUCAUUCGUUGGAUACGAAAUCGAAUGCGUCCACAUGAACAGACAAAUACUGUAACAGAUCAACGUGCAACAGUUUUCAACGUUACAACUGUCUGGCGUAUAUUAAAAACGAAAUUAUUAGGACUUAACUUAUUUGAAAGUGAGUUAUCAUGGGAUGAUGAACAACGACAACAAAGAGAAAUUAUUAUUACACGCGUUUAUCUAUUAUUUCUUAUGGCUGCUGUUGCUAUUCUAGUCGUUUACACGUUGAUUGAGACACAAACUGAAAUAGUUAAAAUUCUUAAUCCAUCUCAAGAGAAAUUUAAUCAGCUUCGAUCAGAUCCUCAAUAUUCAAUAACACUUGAUUGUCCUUGUAAAACUAUUGCUGUUCCUUAUAGUUCAUUUAUUUCAAUUAAACCAUAUUAUCAUCAAUUAUGUUCGAGUGAUUUUGUUGUAAACAGUAUUACUUGGAUUUCUUUACUUUUUUCGUAUACAGCAGGUAUUGACUAUUCAUAUGAUGAUUAUCGCCUCUUCGCUACGACACAUUUCCAAUUACUUGCAGCACUUUGUUCACUUGCUAAUGUUACAGUGAAUGACGCAAUGACUGAAUUCGCACGAAAUACAAUAAUUAAUGAAAUAGCACAAUCUCAAGAGUCUAUCAAAGCACAAACUGAUAUUAUUCUUGAUCAAUUUCUUUUAUCAACUCCUCGAACAUUUGUAUUAAAUCUUGAUUUUAUUCGAUAUAUAAAUCAAGGAAACGGUAUUGUUUCAUCAAUAUUUUCAAAUUGGCAUUUUGUUUCGUUAGAUACUGGAGCUCAAUAUGAUGCUCUAUGGGCUGUUCCACAUUCUUAUGAUAAUGAUAAUUGCAUUUGUGGUGCAAGUUCAACCUGUAUCUCACAAGCUUCAUUUAAUGGAAUAACUAUUCCUGGUUUUCAUGUUGGAUGUUAUCCACUUGAAUCACUUCUUCAAUCAACACUUGAAUGUCUCUAUAAUAUAACAUGUAUUAAUCAACUCAAGUCUAUGUAUACACAUUCAAAUAUAACAUUUAAUCCAUUAAAUGAUACUUUGUCGUCUCGUAAUAUUACAGUUCAAUCUAUAGUCAAUAAUCUUCUGAUUGAAAGAUGGGGGACUGAAGUAGUUUAUGAACAUUAUUAUGCAGCAUGUGAUCCUCUUUCGUGCACAUAUACAUUUGAUGGACAGAUAAGUCCAAUUUAUACAAUAACGACUAUUAUUGGUCUUUAUGGUGGUUUGACAGUCGUAUUUAAACUUAUGGUUCCUAUUAUAGUUCGAAUCGGAUAUUAUAUAAUUAGAUAUCGUCAUCAACGUGUCGGUCAAGUUGUAACUGUAAUGACAAUUGAAGAGCCGAACAUAUUGUAA